UCUUCUAAUGCUCAAUUGAAAGCUACGAAAAAUGAAAUUAUAGAAGUUUCGAAAGCAUUAGCAGAAGCUCGAGAGCAGGUUUUGGAAAAUGCAAACGAGUUGCAGGCUUGGAAGGAUAAGCAGAACCUCAAUAGUGCCGAGAUUGACAAGUACUAA